AUGCAAGUGCAUUGCGCCAGAUUCGUGAAACGAGCCGAGUCCUGUAUUCGCUCCCGGUUCCGCUGUUUUAGCAGUACCAUCCCGGACUUCGCUUUCUACCCCGACUUUUUUGACGUCAAGGAGCAGACCACAUUACUUGAAGCCUGUCUGAAAAAGCUCGACUUGGAGGAAAGUCGUCGCAUGCGACGUCGGCGUGAACAAUAUCUCGCCGUACAACGCAAGGAUAUCCCGGCUUUACCCGAGAGCUCUCAGCGCCUGGUGGACUAUUUUCUGCCCGAUGAUCUGUAUCAAUUCGAGGAGGGACAUUUUGACGGUGUCAUACGACACUACCGUGAGAUGCACGUAUCAACAUGGGAUCCUGUAGAUUCCUCCGAGUUGCUGUCAAUUCUGAAAAAACUGGAGACGCUGUAUCCAUCAGCGCAGUACGGCACGCAGACACACAUCCUACAUCUCGCUUCCGAAGGCGACAUCUUCCCACAUGUAGACAACGUGGAGGCGAGUGGAACGUGGAUUAUGGGUGUGAGCCUAGGAGCAACACGACGCCUCUGCCUGGAGCCCGCAGAACAGGAUGGACAGGCGGCCGGCAGAAGUUACGAGACCCUGCUGCCUUCUGGAAGUGUGUACGUUCAAAGUGGUGCAACUCGGUAUCGCUACGCACACUCUAUCGUGCGUGGCUCUGGAUCAACCCCGGGUCAGCGCUUGAGCUUGAUGGUCAGAGAUCGCCUGGAUUCGUCGAUGGGAGGAAAUGGCAUGAAAACAUCCAGGAAGCCGUGCGAGAGGCCCUGA